GUUUAUUUUCAUGAUCAUUUCAUUAUUGUCACAUCCACAGCACUUCCCUGGCGUUGGCCCCUGGAGCCACACAACGAUGCACGGUAUGGGAGGCAUCCGCAAAGGAUCAUAUCCUGGAGAAGCGAGGCGGGAUUGUCUUGUCUACCCCAGGAAACGUAAAAAAGCAGUGUAAACCGGUGAUACGAUCGGCGUUCCACGAGAAUAAUAUAAAGUAAAAUCUAUGAUAUAUGAUAAAACACUGACAGCUCACCCAUUUGCAAAUAAUGACCUACUUGGUGAGUAGGUAUUAUCGUUACUGGGCAGAAGCGCCUUUAUGGAAACGUAAACAAACAGUGAAACUCACCACGUCGCCGCGAAUCUUCUUCAUGGAGCGCACGUUGGAGGGAGGGGCGGAGGCGCCUCGAGGGACCCAAUAUUGUGGGUCCCUCCGCGCCCUUCUGAAGCUCAUCACCCAGACUAGACCCAAGUAUACAGAUCCGGCCGCAGAGCUGGCCACAACGGAAGGCUCCUCCGCGAGGCCAAGCCCAUAUGGGCGAAGUGGAGCUGUUAUUGUACUCGCCCUCGUUGGCCGCGGCCGACGACGACGUCGUGGACGUCGUCCUUACCCUGUCCUCGUCUCUGUAGUCGGUUUAGUUUAAACCGACUCGAAUCGUGACUGGUGUUUACACACACAGAGGGACUUUGGUCUUCCCCGUACAGUUGGCAAGGAGGGAGAGGAAGGUAAUGUCAAAGGUAAAGCCCUUCGAGGAAAGGCUGUUAGUAAGCAAAACCUCGUUGGGAAUUUCAAGAGAAACAUUUGCAAGGAUCCUCCCCCCCCCCCCCCCUGUGACGUGAUAUUUCUUGGACAUUUCUGUCGGGCAAAUCGUAAUUCGUAUACUAGUUCGUUUCGACCCCCCCAUCCUCUCCCCUCCCCUCCCCAGGACCCCCCUCCCUAGUCGGUGCGGUUGCGGCCACCUGCCCAAUCAUGACGCGCUAGCAUCGCCCCUAGCGGCGUCUGGAGUAGGUACACGGCGAGCACGUUGCACGUUGCACGUUCCUAACCUAUUGUGAAACACACCGUCGCUGUCUUGCCGUCUUGCUACUUCGUCGCUCCGUCCUGCCAGUGUACACUUGUGCCCGCUCUAAAGCUUUCUCUUUGUUCUUGUGCCUUUGUUCUUUGUUCCUGUAUCUGUUCCUGUAUCACGUUGCACGAAGAGAUGGCAGCUGCGCCUCCACCCUCUGCCACUACAGCAGCGGGAGCGGACGUUCUUCUUCGAGAAUUUUCUAGUCGUGAGGUGUUGCCUCAUGGCAACGUUAUCGACAUCUUUGUCCGAGUUCCAAUCCCUGAGGGUUUUAGGGUCAAGUUUUUGAAGAAUAAUGUACGGGGCAGCUUGUCCGUCGAUUUUCUCCCUCCGAUCGAGGUCUCUCUGGUGCCAUCUAGCCAAGAAGGUUUCCAGUUUGAAGCACACGUGGCCUGCAACUGGCUGACUUUUCGGCAGUUGCGCAAGCUUUGUGUGGAAAUCGACAACAAUUGGGUCAAAGACUCGUCGCUUGAAGUCAACAUCGAAUACCUUCUUGGUUCAUUUGCUGGCAACGUUCUUCAACUUCUGAAAUUGAAUGAUGAGCUCGACAUCACAUGGAGGGAUUUUGGUGCCAACCGACUCAUCAUCCGACGCAAGCCGACUGAAGAUGCAGCAGGCCGGAUGAGGAGGAAGGACAGAAACCUCGUCAUGAAGACUGCGUUCAAGUUUUCUGGGACUGCAGAUAUCACUCUGGUAAUCAGAGAGUUUGACAGAGAAGAGAAGUUGAAGAACUCAAUCGCAGGCCAAGGCCCCUCUGAAUGCCUGUUAAAUACCUCAUGUGAAGAUGUUGUUCUACCAACUCGAUGCUUUCGGCCAGCGGGUUGUCCUCCAAACCACUCAGUGUGCUACAAGUGCAUGCUCGUUUGGCUGCGGUCUUUAGACCCUUUAGCUGACAAGUUCCCUUUGUGUGUUGUGGAGAACUGUUUUGUGCGCAUGAGGUAUGAUGGUCUGCUGAACUUCCUCAAGGGGAGGCCAACCCUUAUUCAGAAGGUGGAAAGGCUCCUGGUCAUUCAAAAUCUGGCCAUUGUCCACUCUGUUCAUGAGCGAUUUGAAUGCCCCUUCUGUCACGGCACGCCUUUCCCUAAAAGGUUUGUCGAAGACAAAGGUAUAACACUUUGCCGGUACUGUGACAAGUGCUGGUGCGAAAAGUGCCUCGACAUUGAUCUUCCUGAAAGCCAAUGGUGCCUUGUAAAGAAGGGUCAGGAGCUGUUCUUCGCUCAAGAUAAUAAAGAAACCGAUCCCGGCUUUUAUGAGGCAAUUAUGAAGAAGUAUGAUGAGGAGGAGCUCUUCAAAGUGAAGGAGGCCUGGGAGUACCAGGAUGUCAUGGUACAUCAGCAUCAGUGUUGCCCCAGCUGCUUCAUGGCUGUGACUAAAACCGUCGGAUGUGACCACAUGCAAUGCAUUUGCAUGCAGGACUUCUGCUACAGGUGUGGUGCGCCCAUGGAUCCUGGGGCCCCAUUCCUACACUUCGAUGACUUCGAUAAUUGCCUGCCUUAUGAUGAGACCUUAUUUUGAUUUGUUUCUCCUUUUCUUUUGUUUUAAACCAUCCCUAGUGGUGUGACAGCAUCAUGAGACGUUUGGCUCAAAGUAUUGGGUAUACCGUGAAUUAGCCGGGCACA